AUGGAGUUUUCAGUUCAUUCCGCGUCUAAAACUCAGCCCGUUGAGAUUCCUGUGGGCAGUAUGCUCCCUUCAGACAGUGAGCACAGCGGAAGUUAUGUCUACACAAGAGCCAGCAGCUUUGACUCGGCUCUGCCUCGAAUAAACGCCGAACUUCAUCUUCCAAACCAACAGGAACCGAGUAAAAGCUUCUCAGAGUUUCCUGAACUUGGUAAACAAACGAGAAAAAGUGGAGACGGUUUAGAACUACCCGACGUCCAAGGAUCUAAAUAUUUGGUGUCGUUUUCAGACUUAAGACAGCUUGAGAAAACUGACACAACAAGGAACUUGGAUUUUCGCGAAAGAUCCUUAAAGGUUUCAAAGCUUCUGCAAGAUCGCAUUUGUGUGCUUGAGAACGAGUUACAGAAACAAUUAACAGCUGUUAAAGAAACCAUUCAUCAAGCAGAAAUCGUACAAAAACAAGAAACCACUACAUCGCGAAGUGGGAAAAAAAGGCGCGAUAAAGAUUCAGCAACUCAUAGACAAGGAACUGAAAGACAAAAACGUUCCGUUCAGCGUAAAGAUUACGAGAUAAAAUCACGAGAGUUUACUGGAAAGCGACUGCAGAAACCAAAUAGUGAGUCCUCCAUAAGUGAAUCCGCCGAAUUCCGUCGAUCUUCCGCUGAAAACCAAACUUGUCAAGAUGCAAACAAGAAGCAAGACGACUUGUUGGCAACAGAAACUAAAGAGAACCAUGGAGUGUCUAGCCUAGAGAUGAGUGAACAGUCGACUCAGGAACAGAAAGAUGUCAGGUUUUCUGAUGGAGAUGUAAAGCCUGUUGAUACUCUCAAAGGUUAUGGGUUACCACCAAAAGGCAUCCUAAAAGAGCGUAAGAGCGAUACCUCGCAGCCGGCAAAUUCGACUAAAGCUGUCAAAAAAACCAUACGAAAACUCUACAAACUGAACAAACAAACAGAGGCGGAGAACUUGACUGACCUUCUGGAAUCUAAAGUUAUGACAGAAAAAGAGCUGAACAAAGCAAUCAAGCGGGAACUUCAAGAAGAAAGAGACGAGAAAAACCGUCAAAAGGCGAGAAAUAUCGAGAGAAACAGACGAGAGACUUUCUUUCAGAGAAUGGAGGAGCUGGAGAGGUUGGAGGAGGAGAUGAGAGAGAGUAGACUGCGUGAAAGAGAGAAAAGACGGGCAGAGGCUCUACGACGACGAGAGAAAAACACUGCGUUUUUGUAUGAAAAGCAAAAGGCUAUACUAUCCGCAAAGAUAUCACGGGCUUUUAAAUUCUCGUAUUUCCCUUUGUAUAUACCCGAAUCAGGGUCUGCUUGUCCUGACUAUGAGCAGUCAAGCAGUGAGGACAGCGACAGUAGCGACAGAAGUCUUUCCCGCCAAAAUUCGACAUGUUCUUGUGUGUCAACGAAGAAGAAGGGCAAAAAUCGGGCCAUCUGCUCCUCACAUUCUGAGCAGAGCUGA